AAGCAAGUGAACGCUGGUGCUGACCAGACGUCUGCUCCGUCGAGAUCGUUUUGAAUAACCUCUAAAAGCGCAACGGGCAAAAAACAAGUUCUAAAUUUAACGCACGUACGCUUGGCGAAUCUUGAAUUUUUCGUAUAAAAAUUUGUCUCAAAGCUGCAAAGGGAACGUGAAGAGUCGCCAAGAUGGGGGAUAUGUUCCGCAGUGAGCAAAUGGCAUUAUGCCAGAUGUUUAUACAACCAGAGGCCGCGUACACCUCCGUCUCUGAGCUGGGUGAAACCGGCUGUGUGCAGUUUCGCGAUCUGAACAGCAAUGUGAACGUCUUCCAACGCAAGUUCGUGACGGAGGUGCGUCGUUGCGAUGAACUUGAGCGUAAGAUACGCUACAUCGAGACGGAGAUCAAGAAGGACGGCAUCUCAUUGCCGGACAUUCAGGAUGAUAUUCCACGUGCGCCCAAUCCACGUGAGAUCAUCGAUCUGGAGGCGCAUCUGGAGAAAACCGAAUCCGAGAUGAUUGAGCUGGCGCAGAACGAGGUGAACAUGAAGUCUAACUUCUUGGAGCUGACCGAACUGCGCAAGGUGCUGGAGAACACACAGGGCUUCUUCUCCGACCAGGAAGUGCUUAAUCUGGACUCGAGCAACCGCGGCGCCGGCGUGGUUGAUGAGGCAACCGCUCAGCAUCGCGGACGUCUGGGAUUCGUUGCUGGUGUCAUAAAUCGGGAGCGUGUCUUUGCUUUCGAGCGCAUGUUGUGGCGUAUCUCGCGUGGCAAUGUGUUCCUUAAGCGUUCCGAUUUGGAUGCUCCUUUGAAUGAUCCGGCCACUGGUCAUCCCAUCUACAAGACCGUCUUCGUGGCCUUCUUCCAGGGCGAGCAACUGAAGAACCGCAUCAAGAAGGUGUGCACCGGCUUCCACGCCUCGCUGUAUCCGUGUCCCAGCUCGCAUAACGAGCGCGAGGAGAUGGUCAGGAAUGUUCGCACUCGUCUCGAAGAUCUGAAUCUGGUGCUCAGCCAGACCGAAGAUCAUCGCAGCCGUGUGUUGGCCACCGUCUCCAAGAAUUUGCCCUCUUGGUCGAUCAUGGUAAAGAAGAUGAAGGCCAUCUACCAUACGCUCAAUCUGUUCAACAUGGAUGUGACGAAGAAGUGCCUCAUUGGCGAGUGCUGGGUGCCCACCAAGGAUCUGCACGUUGUGCAGAAGGCUCUGUCCGAUGGCUCGGCUGCCGUCGGCAGCACCAUUCCAUCGUUCCUCAAUGUGAUCGAUACGAAUGAGCAGCCGCCAACAUUCAAUCGCACCAACAAGUUCACGCGUGGCUUCCAGAACCUUAUCGAUGCUUAUGGUGUUGCCUCGUAUCGCGAGUGCAAUCCUGCUUUGUACACUUGCAUUACAUUCCCCUUCCUGUUCGCCGUGAUGUUUGGCGAUUUGGGUCACGGCAUUAUCCUCUUGCUCUUCGGCGCCUGGAUGGUGCUCUCCGAGCAGAAGUUGGCUCGCAUUAAGAAUGGCGGCGAAAUCUGGAACAUUUUCUUUGGUGGUCGCUACAUCAUUCUGUUGAUGGGUCUAUUCUCUUGUUACACGGGCUUCAUCUACAACGAUGUCUUCUCCAAGUCCAUGAAUAUAUUUGGUUCCAAGUGGGUGAACAACUACAAUACCACAACUGUGCUGGCCAACAAGCAUUUGCAGUUUCCACCCAAUACCUCCGCACAGGGCAUCUAUCCUCUGGGCUUGGAUCCUGUCUGGCAAUUGGCAGAGAACAAGAUCAUUUUCCUUAACAGUUUCAAGAUGAAGCUGUCCAUCAUCAUUGGUGUGCUGCACAUGGUGUUUGGUGUGUCUAUGUCCGUCUGCAACUUUGUGCACUUUAAGAAAUACUCCUCCAUAAUUUUGGAGUUUGUGCCACAGAUUCUGUUCCUGCUGCUGCUCUUCGGCUACAUGUGCUUCAUGAUGUUCUUCAAGUGGUUCAAAUACAGCGCCAGCGCUCAGGUGCAGUCUGAGACACCCGGUUGCGCUCCAUCCGUGCUCAUUAUGUUCAUCAACAUGAUGCUGUUCAAGAACACACCGCCAUUCAAGGGCUGCGAGGAGUAUAUGUUUGAAUCCCAGCCCAGUAUACAAAAGACCUUUGUGAUCAUUGGUCUCAUCUGCGUUCCCUGGAUGCUGCUGGGCAAGCCACUGUACAUUAAAUUCACCCGCGGACGUCGCGGAUCGUCACAUGUCAAGCAGAAUGGAGAGCUGACUGGCAACAUGGAGUUGGCUGAGGGAGAGACACCAUUGCCCACUGGCAACGAGGAAGCACAUGGCGGCGCACAUGGUCACGAAGAGGAGCCCAUGGCCGAGAUUUACAUUCAUCAGGCCAUCCACACCAUCGAAUAUGUGCUCAGCACCAUCUCACAUACGGCCUCGUACCUUCGUCUCUGGGCUUUGUCCUUGGCCCACGCCCAACUGUCUGAGGUGUUGUGGAACAUGGUGCUAUCGCUGGGCCUGAAAAUGAAUGGUGUGGCUGCUCCAGUUGCGAUAUUUGUCAUCUUCGGAGCCUGGUGUCUGUUCACUUUGGCCAUCUUGGUGAUGAUGGAGGGCUUGUCGGCUUUCCUGCACACACUGCGUCUGCACUGGGUGGAGUUCAUGAGCAAAUUCUACGAGGGUCUCGGCUAUCCCUUCCAACCCUUCAGCUUCAAGGCAAUCAUUGAUGGCGAAGAAGAGGAGUAAAGCCACACAAAUGUUUGCAAAAAAAUGUAACAAUAUGUUCGAGCUCGUUUAUUAUGGUUUUCCCCGAUUUUGUUAUCUAUUAUAUUUUUGUUUAUCUUAUUAUUUUUUCUCGCGACACUGUCAGUAUUGUGGUGCUCUUCCCACAGAUUCCCCACAUCCGUUUAGAACUUUGUUAUACUUGUAUUUAAAUGUAUUCUCAAACAAAUCAUUUUCAAAGCAAUAAUUUGAUAUUCGUUGUUACAAAUAAUUUUAAUUAAUAUUUCAACUGGAUGUUAAUAUCUGCAUAGAAUUUUGUGCAUCGAUUCUAUGAUCUAUGCGUUAAAUUCUGUGCAUUUAUUUAACUUAAAUUGAUUGAAAUAAAGCAAGAAGAGAGCAGCAA